AUGGGAAAACUACAACAGCUACAAGAGUCCAGGGGUUUUGGGUCCCAGUACUGUCCAGCAUCACUCACUGUUUGGCCUUUCUCAAUGGCUACAGGUAAACGGUGCACCAAAUACUUCACCAACCUCUGUUAUGGGGGCUUGUGCUAUGGAUGCCUUGUUGCAGUCGGUGGGCAGCCUGAGAGCAUGGAGACUGCUGUCUCAUCUCAACCAGCCAACAUUUACAAUAGUAUACCUCCAGCAUCUCAACUCUUGCAACCAUAUCUACCAACCGCUCAGCCUUUUCAAGCUCCAGUGCAAUCUCAACAAGCUCCAAAGCCAACACUUCAAGCUCCCCUGCCCUCCCAGAAAACGCUCCAAGCUCCCCUUUCCUCCCAGAAAACACUCCAAGCUCCCCUCCAGCAGAUUUUCCAGGCACCCCAGAACCUCCAGCCCCCAAUGCAAGCAUCUCAGCAGCUGUUCCAAAUCUCCCAGCAGCCGUUUGUAGCCCCUGCCAUAGUUUCUCCGCUUCCAAACCAGCCCAAUCCAGACUGUGCCGGCUCCAAAGCUUAUUUUUGGAGUGUUGGGAAGGCUAAAUGUAAGAAGACCCCUGCAACUGUGUCCACCCCCUAUGACAAGAAAGCAGCGCCCAAGGAACCAGAGGAUGUGAUUAGUGGCGCAAUAAAGCUUUAUGAGCAAGGCGAGUUGUUUAAAAACACCGGAAUCAGACCACGACUCCUCACUGUCAAUGCCAAAUCCCCUGAUUUGUAUGCAAAUAUCCAACAACACCUAUGGGAUUUGUUAUUGCCUGAGUUAUUAAAUCAACAGCUUUUUACAACGCUUCCUGAGAACCCCCUUCAGUACACAACUCUGAACUCAACGUCCAAACACUCACCCUACUUGUCAGAAAGUAAUCAGUAA